AAAAUGCGGACAAGACUUCAUCUGCUACUCAUGCUCAUCCAAUAUGGAGGCAAGUCCAUGCUUACCGUAGUGUUUAUAUAAUAAUCAAUUUUUGUGCUGUACAUCACUCUUGUUAACAUCUCUGUCCUGUGUUUGUUUCUGUUAAGGAUGCGCAAGUGGUACCGACUUCACAACAGAGAUCCAUGUCGUUGGUGAAAAUGUCUUACUGAGGUGUCCCCGCAACGAUCUAUUGGGCUCGGCUACUUUAUUUUGGAUUCGACUUGCUUCUGGAGCCUACCCUGAAUUUUUAGCUCAAAGCAGAGCCUCUGAUUUAGCGCAACCAUCAAGCACUGAACAUCGCAUUGUCACCAAACAUGAGGCAGGAAUGUUUGUUCUGCAAAUUAGUGACGUGCAGAAAAGUGAUGUGGCACUCUACUACUGUUUCAGCUGGACACCUUGGAUUCAUGAUGUAAUAUUUUUGAAAGGAAUAUUUCUGCAGGUCAGAGACUCAUCUGAAGCAGAAUUCUCCAUUUAUGAGGUUACUCAAGACGUGUGGUCUCAUGGGGCUCCACCAGGACCAACCGUGACCUUACAGUGCUCGUUCCUUUCCCAUUAUGAGGAUAAAUCUUGCACAGAUAAACACCAGGUUUACUGGUUCAAAACUGGAACUAACGAUGUAAAACCCAGCUUCAUUUCUGCUCGUGAAGAAUGUAGAGAAGUUAGAAAUGACAAAAGGCAGAAAUGCACCUUCUCAAAGAACGUCAGCUCUUCCGAUGCCGGAACUCACUUCUGUGCAGUGGCAACAUGUGGGGAGAUUUAUAUUGGAAAUGCAACAACAAUCAUCGUUAACGAUGAAAGCAGUUGUGAUUUGCAAAGGUUUCUUACCAUUGUCCUGGGUUCUACCUUGGCCUUAAGCUUCGUCCUAUCUGCUUUCUUCAUAUACAAGAUCAAGACAAAAAGAUGUUAUCACUGCAAAGCAUCUGGUAAUGUUCAGCAGAGAGACGAGGACUCUUUGGUCUAUUCGGCGCCGACCGUCGUCUCCAGGAAAAGGGUUCAAUUGGAUCGGGCCGAUGGAGACUUCAGCACAUAUACAGACGUCUGUCUUCGGAAAUCUUAGAGGCUAAAUUAAUUCAUACAAGCCUUUUCUGUAAAUCCUAAAUUUAUUCUGAUUACAAAGUAUUUAGGAAGACCAAGAAACCAUUUUUUGGGGAAUUUGAUUUUAACAAUACUAGGUGUACAAAAAGUAUAAUAUACGAGAUGUAAGAUUGUAAAUGCCAUUAUAACGAUGUAUACUUGUGAAAAACUGCAUUAAGGACUAAUGCACCACAUUUAUUUCAUAUUUAUAUCAUAUUUCAGUAAUUGAUGACGAUUUUUAAUGCAGAGAUAAUGUGAUCAUGUUGCAAUGUUGUUUUAAGUCAGGUAUUACUUGUGCUUUGCACAAAAAUCAAUUAGAAAUACAUUAGAAAUACAUUGCAUUUGUGUUUAGUUUCAACAUGUGAUGUUCGUGCUUAUUUCCUGAAAAUAAAUAAGUCUUGAAAUGUA